AUGUCCUCCAUUAUUACUACUACACCAUGCUCGAGUUCAAAGGCGGACCCCGAUUCUCCGGUGACUGAGUAUAGUACUCAGGAUCAGUGCAAAGAUGUAGCUGUUAUUGGUAUGGCAUGUCGCGUGCCUGGUGAUAUACAGAACCCUGAACAGCUAUGGGAGGCACUUCUGAACCAAGUGGUCGCAAGUGGAGAUAUUCCACCCCAUCGCUGGGGGACAUAUCAUAAGAGAGAUACUCGAAACUCAAGGAUAUUAAGUCACACAACGAGUCGGGGGUAUUUCGUUGAGAAUAUCGAAGACUUUGACUAUCAGUUUUUUGGAGUUUCACCGAAGGAAGUCGAACAGAUGGAUCCACAGCAGCGAAUAUCACUUGAGGUUGCCUGGGAAGCACUAGAAAACGCUGGUAUUCCAACCAAAUCUCUUAGUGGCAGUAACACCGCCGUUUUCUGGGGUGUGAACUCGAAUGACUACUCAAGGCUGGUGUUAGAAGACUUGCCUAGCAUUGAUGCUUGGAUGGGAAUUGGAACGGCAUACUGCGGGGUCCCAAACCGAAUAUCCUAUCACCUAAACCUGACAGGUGCUAGCGUAGCUGUGGAUGCUGCAUGUGCCUCAUCACUUGUUGCUGUACAUCAAGGGGCAACGGCCAUUGCAGCAGGAGAAUCAACUAUAGCGAUUGUUGGAGGUGUUAAUGCCCUUUGCGGACCAGGACUUACAAGGGUUUUGGACAAGGCUGGCGCCAUCUCUGCUGAUGGAGAGUGCCGUUCCUUCGAUGAUAACGCCAACGGAUAUGGCCGUGCAGAGGGCGCAGGUGCUGUCAUUCUUAAAAACUUGUCACAAGCACGCCUUGACGGAGAUCACAUACUUGCAGUUAUUAAGGGCACUGCAGUAGGCCAUAAUGGGAAAACAAAUGGGAUAAUGGCCCCAGAUUCUAAGGCACAACAGCUCGUGGCAAUGAACGCACUACAGGCUGCAGAUAUUGAUCCUCAUACAGUUCGUUACAUUGAGGCCCAUGCUACAUCUACAUCCCUCGGAGACCCAACAGAAAUUUCUGCCCUUGCUGAAGUGUAUGGAAAAGGGCGAUCAAGAAAUGAUCCGUGUUAUAUUGGCUCUAUCAAACCAAAUAUAGGGCACCUGGAAGCGGGGGCUGGAGUAAUGGGCCUCAUUAAAGCCAUUUUGAUUAUUCAGAAAGGAGUUUUGCCACCCCAGGCUAAUCUGAAAACACCAAACAAGAAAAUAAAAUGGGACGACUCUGGCCUCAAAGUCGUCCAGGAACUAACAGGGUGGCCAGAAGAAACGGGACUGCGCCGCGCUGCAGUGUGUUCUUACGGUUAUGGUGGGACAGUGUCUCAUGCCAUCGUUGAAGAAUUCCCGGAUAUUUCACCUGUCCUUUACAAGGAGAUCAUCGAUAGGAGCAACCUUAGCGAGCACUUAUUGUUACUUUCAGCCCCCCAAGAACAACGUUUGGUUACUCUUGCUGAAUCAUUAAAGACUUGGAUCAGUCAACAGAAUAAGUCGCAGCUUGACUUGGCUAUACUUUGCAAAACCUUGGCGACACGGCGUAGCCAUUAUGACUUUAGAGCGUCGGCGAUUAUCAAUGACAUUGAAGGAGCUAUGCAUGCUUUGGACUGUUUGUGCAAAGGAGCAAAUGAUCAGUGGCUUACCCGAAGUCGUGUCCUUCCUUUUGAUUUGAGGAAAGAUGUAGUCUGGGUAUUCUCUGGUCACGGUGCACAAUGGGCGAACAUGGGAAAGGAAUUGAUAAACAACACCAUAUUUUAUGAAACAAUCCAGCCUCUUGACAGAAUCGUCAAAGAUGAGGCGGGCAUGUCGCCCAUAACAUGGCUCCGGAGUGGCGACUUCAAUUCAUCCGACUGCAUCCAAAUUUUAACAUACCUUGUCCAAGUCGGAAUUAGUGCCUUAUUAAAAAGCCGUGGUCUUCAUCCCCAGGCAAUUAUUGGUCACUCAGUUGGGGAGAUUGCUGCUUCUGUUGUUGCAGGUACCCUUUCGCCUGAAGAAGGGACUGUUAUUGUGACCCGAAGGGCAAUUUUAUACAGGCAGGUCAUGGGCAAAGGAGCAAUGUGUCUAAUCACUCGUCCCUAUGGGGAAGUUAAGCAAGACCUCGCAAAAAGGGAUGAGGUGGUAGCAGCUAUCGACUCUUCCCCGUCAUCCUGUGUCAUUGCUGGCACAGUGGAUGCCGUUGCUACUGUAUCUCAAAGAUAUCAGAAACAGGGGAUCAAAACAUAUACUGUGAAGACCGAUAUUGCUUUCCACAGCCCAAUGUUAGACUCAUUGAGGGAACCUCUUUCAGUUGCGUUGCAAGGCGUCCUGCAUCCUGUAUCCCCACAAGUCAAAUUAUACUCAACUUCCUUAUUGAAUCCACGCGGUUCCGAUCCCAGGGACUCUACUUAUUGGCUUAACAACAUGACCAACCCAGUACGGCUUACCUCUGCAGUCCUUGCUGCCAUCGAUGAUGGUUAUCGCAGAUUUUUGGAAAUAUCUAGCCAUCCCCUAGUCUCCCAUUCGAUUAAUGAGACAUUGAUGGACGCUGGAGUCGAGGACUAUUCGGUAGUUCACACACUUCGAAGAGACCAGCCUGCUGAGAAGAGUAUUGCUCAUGCGAUAGGCCAGCUCCAUUGCAGUGGAGUAGAGAUAAACUGGAAGGCACAAAUGCAGGGUGCUUGGAUGCAAGGUAUACCCCUUAGUCCAUGGGUACAUCGCCCUUUUUUGCACCACGAGCGCCCAAAUAGCACAGGAAGCACAGGAUCCGAUAUGCAUGAUAUUGAAACUCAUACUCUUCUGGGCAGAUGUACUGCUGUAGCUGGUACCGACCUAGUGGUGUACUCGACCACAUUAGAUGUCAGCACAAAGCCCUUUCCAGGGAGCCAUCCGGUAUUUGGAACGGAAAUUGUUCCUGCCGCAUGUUUAAUUAAUACUUUUUUGAAAGCAACUGGCAGCUCUUCGUUGCAGAACACAAUUCUUCGAGCCCCUGUCGCAACUAGUGGAUUACGAGCGGUUCAGAUAGUUGUACGGGAUGGCGAAGUCAAACUCAUGUCUCGAUUAAUACAGAACGAGGCUGCGGAAGAAGGCUCUUGGGUCACUCACACGGAAGCGCGUGUAAUCACAGGCGCCACACCUACCGCAGAAACGAUCGAUGUAUCCACAGUAACUGGUCGUAUUGGAACACGAUUGAAGGAUGAUUUUACCAUCGACUACCUGGCAAAAGUUGGCGUUGCUGCUAUGGGGUUCCCUUGGAAGGUAACAGAGCAUUAUGGGAAUUCCGACGAAAUGUUGGCACGAGUUGAUGUUGCUCCCGGCGCAAAGAAUCUCGAUUGGGACCAGUCAUCCUGGGCGCCUAUCUUAGAUGCGGCUACUUCCAUUGGAUCUACCAUAUUUUUCUCCGAGCCUCGACUGCGCAUGCCGGCUCAGAUUCACCAGAUAGACAUCCUCACUACUCAGGAUCCACCGAAGAUGGGUUGGUUAUACGUUCAGAGAGACCAUAGCACUGACUUCUCCUGUCAUGUUCACGUAUUAAGUGAGACUUCGCAAUUGCUUGCCAGAUUUACUUCCAUGCGGUUUUCCGAAAUUGAGGGAACGCCAGGUGCAAGUGGGAGCAUGUCAAGCCUAGUCCAUAGAGUUUCCUGGCCACCAGCUUUCCCUGCAGAGGAACCUAUCUCCAUAGAAAAGGUCAUUUUGAUCACUACGAGUACUGUAACUGGGAAGUUGUACGCAAAAUCUAUACCCGCUCACAUCCAGUUAGCCCAACUUACAAAACCAGGAGAUUUAAGUACUAUGUUACCUUGUCUUCAACAGAACAAAGGGAAUGUGAUAGUUUACGUCCCGGGGGAAGUCCAGUCAAUGCAAGAUGUACCCACAUCCGCCGAAAACUUCACAUGGCAAUUGCUGGAAGUGAUAAAAUUUGUCGUCCGGGAGUCUUUACCGACCAAAGUAUUCGUGCUCACAACAAAUAUUAUGCAAGGAGAGACUCCAACAGCACUUGCACACUCAACCUUAUUGGGGCUCAGUAGGAUUAUCGCUAGUGAACAUCCUGACAAUUUUGGGGGCCUUAUUGACGGUGAGCAGCAAGCUGUGCCUCUCACUGCCAUGAAGUACAUACAGGGAGCCGAUGUUAUUCGUAUUGCGGACGGAAUUCCCCGUACAGCGAGACUCCGCGCUCUCCCUCGAGAUCGCCGUAGCCAGGAGCCUUCCAAAUGUCUUCCGCGUCCUGAGGGAACAUAUCUGAUUGCUGGUGGUCUCGGCGUCUUGGGUCUUGCCGUAGCUGAAUUCCUAGUCAGUCACGGCGCACGACGGUUAGUUCUCAUAUCUCGGCGUGGCCUACCAGCACGACGAACCUGGAACACGGCAAGUAAGGAACUACAGCCAAUUAUAUCGAUUAUACAGAACCUUGAGCAACAAGGCGUCUGUAUCCAUAUUUUAGCUUUGGACCUCUCUACUUCUCAAGCUGCAGGGCGUUUGCUGGAGAAAUUGGACCAGUUAAGCCUUCCUCCAGUACUGGGUGUUGUCCACGCAGCUGGGGUUCUGGAGAACCAGCUUAUCCAGGAAACCACACAAGAUGCUUUUGCUCGCGUCCUCUCGCCCAAGGUUGCUGGAUCAUUGGCUUUACACGAGGCCUUUCCACCUAAUACCCUUGAUUUCUUCGUGCUUUUCUCCUCGUGCGGCCAACUAUUCGGGUUCCCUGGUCAAGGUGCAUAUGGUAGCGCCAACAGCUUUCUUGACGCACUAGCUACACAUCGCCGUAACCAGGGUGAAAAUGCAAUUUCCUUCCAAUGGACUGCAUGGCGUGGCAUGGGUAUGGGCAGUGAUAGCGACUUCGUUGCCGCAGAGCUGGAGAGCAAGGGCAUCACCGAUGUGACCUGCCAUGAUGCCUUCCAGGCUUGGUUAUAUCUCACACAGUUUGAUACCGAUCAUGGAGUCGUCUUGCGUAGCCGCUCCUUUGAGGACGGAGAACCACUUCCCACGUCAAUUCUGAACGACAUCGCCAUUCGUAGGGCUCGACCUAUGGCUACGGAUGGGGCUUCUCCAGUGUCAAGUACCGGCAGCAGCAAGCUUCCGUCUUCAGGGCCAGAGUUAAAAACAUACCUCGAUGAACAGAUCCGUGAAUGCGUUGCCAGUGUCCUCCAUCUUUCUUCAAAAGAUAUAGACUCAAGGGUAGCAUUAGGGGAUCUAGGGUUAGACUCCGUUAUGAACACUGCCCUGCGCCGGCAGCUCCAACGCACACUCAAAGUGAACGUCCCACCCACUUUAGUCUGGAGUUAUCCAACCAUCAAACACCUGGUUGGAUGGUUUUUCGAGAAGCUCUCUCAAUAG